UAUUAUAUAUAAGGACAACCUUGAGCACCUUGGCUUUGUGAGAAACGGUCAAAAGAACAGAAACAGAGGUGGGGGUUGGAGUAGUAGAGAGUUAGCUUCCAAAGAGAUUUCAGCAAAUUCUAGCAGAGAAGGAAUUCGAAUUGUCAGGGAUUGAGAAGCUUUGUAUGAGAAUCAUCGUGUUGGCAGAGGACGAACGCAGAGGAAAUGUAUCAUCAAGGAAAGCAUGGACUUGCUUCUUCGAGGGUAACCAUGCCGCCUGAGAGGCAUUUACUUCUGCAAGGUGCAAAUGCUACAGGAGACACGGGACUGGUUCUUUCAACCGACGCUAAGCCUAGACUUAAAUGGACGCCAGAGCUCCAUGAGCGAUUCAUCGAAGCCGUCAAUCAGCUUGGAGGAGCAGACAAGGCUACCCCAAAGUCAGUCAUGAGGCUAAUGGGAAUUCCAGGACUUACCUUGUACCAUCUAAAGAGCCAUCUUCAGAAGUAUAGACUUAGCAAGAAUUUACACGCUCAAGCUAAUCUUGGCAAUAGCAAGACUGGUUGUAUGGUGGCAGCAGAUCGGAUGUCUGAAGGAAGUGCAGCAUUUGCGAGCACACAUGUUGGAUCACAGACAAACAAAAGCUUACAGAUAAGUGAAGCGCUACAGAUGCAAAUGGAAGUACAGAGAAGGAUACAUGAGCAACUUGAGGUGCAGCGACAUUUACAGCUCCGGAUAGAGGCACAGGGGAAGUACUUACAAUCGGUGCUAGAGAAAGCCCAGGAGACUCUCGGAAGACAGAAUUUGGGUUCUGCGGGAUUGGAAGCGGCCAAAGUGCAACUCUCCGAAUUGGUCUCCAAAGUAUCCACUGAAUGCCUCAAUUCCACCUUACCUGAGAUGAAAGAAAUGCCGGGCUUCUGCACCCAGCAAACACAAACGAACCAGAUUGCAGAUUGUUCAAUGGAUAGCUGUCUAACUUCAUGCGAGGGAUCCCAAAAGGAGCAAGAAAUGCAUAAUGUUGGCAUGCGGUUUAGAGCUUUUCAUGGAAAUGCACCUGUAAUUGCAAAAGGAAAUGGAGAGGACUCCAUGCCUGAUACUGGAGAGAUCGAACCUGUAUGGUCUGAAGACCCAAAUGACAGAAAGAUGUUUUCUUCAGAAGGGAUGAUAUUCCCGGUAAAAAGGAACUCCAGCGAUUUAUCUAUGAGCAUUCGAGUUCAAGGAGCAAAAGGAAGCGAAAACACCAUUUCGGAGGCAAUACUGCACGAAAGACAUGCGGAGGAGCAUUCCCUUGGGAAUGGAAAUCCAUCAAAAGGGUUCAGAUUGUCUUACCUCACGGGACAACUGGAUUUAAAUGCCCAUGAUGAAAAUGAUGUUGCUUCAAGUUGCAAAGAGUUUGACUUGAAUGGUUUCAGUUGGACCUGAAAGGGUUCGCUGAAGAUGGAUAUGGUAGAAAAGAGAAAUAGACUUUGAUUCUCAAUUUCAUUGUAAAAUCAAUUUCUUUGCCUUUGGAAGUUGGCGAGGUAAAGUAUACAUAUAACAACAGGAACACUAUCAGUUCAGUUGUGAGUCAAAAGAGGAGCAAUUGCAUUCGAAGAAAAUGCAGAGCAACUAACACAAGGCGGAAGUGAAGAAAUAGGAGAGAUGAAAAUGACGUCGACUUAAUAAGCAUAAGGUGGAGACUGGAGAGAAAGUCCAGGUUGAUAACUUUUUUUUUUUUGAAAGGCGCUGUAGAAAUGAAUAGCAGACAAUGAAUCAAAUAAAUGUAUGUUACUCUUUCAACUUAAAAUUUUCAGUAGGUGUUAAAUGCUAAUUCAUGACUAAAUAACACUGAACUAACUUCUCGUUUCA